AUGAAAAUUGAAUUGAACCUGUAAAAAGAAAAUGAGGAGAAAGAUUAAGUGAAUAAAGAUGGAGUUAUAUUAGAUGAAAAAUUAUCAUGUAUACAAGGCAAAACAACUAUUCUCUCAGAUUUUGAUAUUUGCUGGACUAACAUGGAUUACAUUAUACAUGAAUAGUUCAUUAAAGGAUUUCUAUAUCUUAGAUUCAGUUCAUGCUUCAAAUUUUUCUAUCUAGGAGAUGAUCAAAGCAUCAAAAUACUGUACCACUAAAUUAUCGAAUUGCCUGAUAAAAAUGCAGUAGGCCUUUUUCAUCAUAGACAACAGGGUAUUUAGAGAUUUUAACACUAAAAUGGUAAUUAAUUAUCGAAGUCAGCAAUAUUCAAAAUUAAGGAAACCAAAUAUUAAAUUGAAUACCUUAAGAACUUAGAGAAAAAGCAUUACUACACAAUUCAGUGUUCAGAUAACAAUCAAGAGUAUGAGAGUUUUUAUUUCAUCGUGAAAAUCAAAGUUCCUAAAAUCGUGUAAAAUUAGUCUGAAAUAACUGAGAAAUAUAUUAAAAUUAGGUAUCUUGCUUAGCUUAGUUAAAAUCUCAGAUUUGAUAGGCACGUUAUACUAAACUAAUGUGGGUCUUAGUAUUUAAAUUUUCAUUUGAGAGAAUUUAGGGUAUUUAAAAUGAAGAAGAUCUCAUAUAAAGCUAUAAGAUAAAAAAUUCUUGAAAAUGAUUAUGUAGAGAUAAUGUCUUAAUCUAAAAAUAUUUCAUAGAUGAAAGAAUUACCCUUUGUAAUAUGCAAAUCAACCAGAGAUAAGAAAAGAUUCACAUUAAACGUGAUGAACCAUAGCAUAACUAACUUUGAUUAAUGUCUAGGUGAAGUGAAUCUUAUAAAGCUUAAAAAUGAGGUCAAUAGUUUACAUUAUGGAUAUUAUUUUCUUGAAAUUAAAAAGGGAGAUAUGAUAUCUGUUAAAAAAUUACUCUGA